UAUGAACUGGCGAGACACGAAGGGGAUAGUGCAACCACCAUGUCCGGCACACUAACGCGCAAGCUAACGCCAAACCCGCUUACCAUGCCGCCCAAGUCACGAAACACGUUGUUGAUGGCGAAUGCCACGUGACGCGCUUCAACAUGCAACACCUGGCCUGACUCGCAACCCCCCAUUGGGCUUCAACAGGGCUGUCACUGUCCCCCCUUUGGAUACCAAUUGCACGGUUCAUGUCGAAAGUGUCUCAAGCUUUAUCUCUGGGGUCGGCCCGUCUAACGUCGGAGCGUUUUUUUCCUGCCUUUGCUCGCUCCCCUUCUUUGCUAAUUUUUUUAGCAAGAUUCGCAAAAGCUUCCUCUGAGGUGAUAUCACUGACAGGCC